AGUGGAGGAGCAUCUGCAUGCCACAGUGAAAGUCACCGUCCUGUUUUUCAGACGAGAGGUUGAGAGAUCGUAACUGAAUACCUUUGCAGAGACGGUGGGGAGCCAGGCUUCUCCUGUGUUCCAGACCUGUUUCCUGCUGUGGUCCUUACCUUUCUGACCCUCUUUUAUUUAUCAGCAAGACUGUUGAGAGCCUAACUGUCCAAGAUGCCCGUCCCUCCGCCUCCGGCACCCCCACCGCCACCAACAUUUGCCCUGGCCAAUACCGAGAAGCCUACCCUGAAUAAGAGAGAGCAGGCUGGGAGAAAUGCUCUACUCUCUGACAUCAGCAAAGGGAAGAAACUGAAGAAGACAGUCACCAAUGACAGAAGUGCACCGAUACUGGACAAACCUAAAGGAGCCAGUGCUGGAGGCGGCGGUGGAUUUGGUGGAGGAGGUGGCGGCGGCGGUGGAGGUGGAGGUGGCAGUGGCGGCGGAGCAGGUGGCCCGCCUGGAUUGGGAGGACUGUUCCAGGCUGGAAUGCCGAAGCUGAGGUCCACAGCCAGCAGGGAUAAUGAUUCCGGAGGAAGCCGACCACCGAUUUUGCCACCAGGAGGAAGAGCCACCUCUGCCAAGCCUUUUUCACCCCCAAGUGGCCCGGGGAGGUUUCCCGUGCCUUCUCCGGCAGGCCACAGGAGCGGUCCCCCAGAGCCUCAGAGGGUCCGAAUGCUUCCCCCGAGGCCUGACGUAGGCUCGAAGCCCGAUAGUGUUCCUCCUCCAGUACCUAACACGCCAAGACCUAUUCAAUCAAGUCUGCACAACCGGGGGUCCCCACCAGUGCCUGGGGCGCCCAGGCCACCUGGCCCCGGCCCCGCUCCGCCGCCUUUCCCUGGAAACCGAGGUGCUGCCUUCGGAGGAGGCUCCGUACGCCAAUCACCCUCGGGCUCCCCCUCGCCCUUCGCCAACAGGCCUCCCCUGCCUCCCACCCCCAGCAGGGCCUUGGAUGACAAGCCCCCUCCACCGCCCCCGCCAAUGGGCAACAGGCCCUCCAUCCACCGGGAAGCGGUGCCCCCGCCCCCGCCGCAGAACAACAAGCCUCCAGUGCCUUCCAGCCCGCGGCCCGCCGCCUCUGCACAGGCCCCGCCCCCGCCGCCGCCACCCAGCAGGCCCGGGCCGCCCCCCCUGCCGCCGGGUGGCGGUGGCGGCGACGAAAUCCCAAGGCUCCCGCAGCGGAACGUGUCCCUCACGUCCUCUGCACCUCCCUUACCGUCGGUGGGACGUUCGGGCCCUCUUCCUCCCCCGCCCAGCGAGAGACCCCCUCCUCCAGUGAGGGACCCGCCAGGCAGAUCAGGUCCCCUCCCCCCACCGCCUCCAGUAAGCAGAAAUGGCAGCACAUCGCGGGCCCUGCCUGCCACCCCUCAGCUGCCAUCCAGGAGUGGAGUUGAUAGUCCCAGGAGUGGCCCCCGGCCUCCACUCCCCCCCGACAGGCCUGGUGCUGGGGCCCCUCCGCCGCCUCCACCAUCAACAUCAAUUAGAAAUGGCUUCCAAGAUUCUUCAUGUGAAGAUGAGUGGGAAAGCAGAUUCUUCUUCCACCCAAUUUCUGAUUUGCCACCUCCAGAGCCAUAUGUACCAACAACCAAAAGUUACCCCAGCAAACUGGCAAGAAACGAGAGCCGGAGUGGCUCCAACCGAAGAGAACGGGGUGCCCCACCACUUCCUCCCAUCCCAAGGUGAUCUUUGCCUGCUCUUCUCCACCCAGGCCCAAGAGCUGCUUCUGUUGUUGCUAUAUGAGAAUUGUACACACCCUCCCUCCCAUUUUUCUUCCCUUGUCCCCUUCACAUUAGGAAAGAAGGGAAAGUGAGGAAAAGGCAUGUGCUAGGGUGGGAUGGGGAAGAAACGCACCUAGCUUGUUAUAUUGUACAUAUUCUCAAAGUCAUUGCUCGCUUCAGCUGCAGCCGCCAGCGCUGGCUGCUGGGGAUCCAUAGCUUUUGCAGUAAGUAGGCAGAGAUGAAUUGGGUCCCAGCUUUCAACCAACCAAAUGCAAACAUGCACUGCUUAUUUGGUACAGGCUGUAAUUGUUAGAGUCUCUGAGAGCUGUUUCCUUUCAUGCCUUUUUGCACGCGUGGCCUCCUGUUUCCAUGAACCACAGACCUAAGCACAUUGCUGAGCAAGGGCACACCUGAAACUUUUGUGGGUGCAGGACGGCCGAUCUUGGACAGUCUGAGGUAGACUGUCCAGUAGAAUAAAAUGUGAGGCCCAUAUACAAUUUCAAGAUUCUAGUAGGUUACUAUAAAAAGGUAGGAAAAAAAGUGAAAUUAACUGUAAUAUAUCUUAUUUACCCUAUACAUCCAAAAUAUCAGUAUAAUCUGCAAUCAGUAUAAAAAUUAUUAAUGAUAUAUUUCACUUUUUUUGGUACUAAGUGUUCAAAAUCUAGUAUGUGUUUUACAUUAUAGCACAUCUCCACUUGGACUACUCAUGUUGUAAAUGCUCAAUAGCCACAUGUGGCUGAUGGCUACCAUAUUGGACAGCAAGGUCUGGAAGAUGGAAACUAAUGCAAAAAUCUCACUUCAAAAACAAAAAAGGCAAAAUGAGCUUUAGCAAUUCAAGUGGUACCUAGAAAUAAAGUGAGGAACCAGCACCUUGUUUGACAGCUUGACCAUAGAUUUUGGUCUCUUAUUUUCCUCUUCCCUUAGUAUCUGUGUGUAAGUGUUGCUUCACAGUACCAGGGUCAGAAACUGAUCUAAUAGGGCUUAGGGGCACAUGGAAUAAAGCCAUUGGCAAGCAAUUGAAACCCUGUCAGGGGUUCCAGCUCAGAACCAGCUGGCUUGCACGGCUCACUUGUCAGCUGGAUGCCUGCCUGGCGGGUAUGAAGCUGCCUGUGUUCCUCUCUCGCUGAGCAGGCUCUUUAGGGCUUGGAUAUGCUAGGCAGGCGUGGUAGGAGGGGAAGAGGCAGGCAGUGAUAUCAGAUCAGAAAUAUGGAAGAAGAGAGAUUUGAAUUGAUUGGCAAACUUGAAAGAUUCACUCUGAUGCUUCUGGGGUUGAGCAAACUGGGGAGAUUGCUAGUAGAAACUAGAGGAAAUUUGUUUUGAAUCUUUUGGGGAGAAUGAUUUGUCUUGGAUCUAUGCAAAUAAAGCUUCGCUUAAGGACCAUAGGGAAGAGCCAGACUUGCCUUUUUUUACAUGAUUUUUGUUUACAAAAUUUUACCGGGACUUUUAAAUCUAGGUAUAGAGUUGGAAAGCAAUUUCCACUUAGAUGUUUUAUAUGGUUGAUUAUGUUUAAAAGUACCAUUGCUUAUUUUUUAAAAGCACACAACCACAUAUGUUUAUGUAUAUCUAUCUAAGCUUUGUAUCAUGACUUCAGUGUAUUCGUGCGUGUUGCUGGCAGAUGCUAACAAGAAAUCAAUCCAAAGAAAAAUCUGAAAGAUGCAUUCCUAUUUAUGGAAUAAAUAAAUGUUUCAUUUAUAUGAAAGCAAAAGAACUUAGAGUUCUGACAAGUAGGAUGUUUAAUAAAUUAUGAAGUUACUGAUUUGAAUAUAUUGUAUUUUUAUAACUUUCCUGGCCAAUCUUGGGCUUAGUACAUUACAGAAUUUGUUUCUCCCCUCUCUUCUAAUAUUCAUCUGGGGCUCAUAUUCAUAUUCAUCUAGGGGCUCUUUACCCAAAGAGAAUCAAGAAAUACAAAGAUGCAAUAAGUUUGGCAGAGUAUUUUUAAAGAUUUUUUUCUAACAUUUUGGUAAUUUAGCAGUAUUUUACUUGGAAUUCUUCUAAGUCAGCAGUGAUAAACAUCCUUAAGAUAAAGUCUAGUGAACAGUGGGCUUUGGCCUUCCUAGCAAAUUCAAGGGAGAAAAGUCUGAUCCAAAGACUGAAAGAACUGGAUACCUUAUAUAUCUCAACUUUGCAGGUACCAUUCUAAAAGUCUGAAACAAGGUCACAGCUCAAAGUUGCUACUCAAGUACAAUGUUUCACAAUGUAUUUUUAAGGGAGUGUCUCACACACCUACACCUUUAGUAACCUGAUAGCAUACAGUUCUGGUGAGAAAGAUCUAUGCCAACAUUUUCCAACUAUGGCAAAUCAUAAAAACCAUUUUUUCCCUUCCCUGAAAUCAGAGCUUACACAUGUGUUUUUCCCAAAAAAUUUUCAGAUAAAUGGAUUCAAGAUGCAAUACAGUAUUUUAACAUUUACGUAUCAUUUUAUAUUGAAAUGUAUUACAGUAUUAAAAUUCAGUGUUCAGUAUUUAUUUCACUAUGCAUUUUAUUUAGUAAAAGCAGAGAAAAUGUUUAAUCCAAUGGUGCCUUACUUUGUGAUUUGAAAGAAAUCAACUUUUUAUGUCUAAGUAAAAAAUUACUUGCAUAUUUGUAAAAAUGGUUAGGCCUUUAUAUUUUAACUUGUAAUACCAAUUUUGUUACUGUUAAAGUGCCUAAAAAUUUUGGCAUGAAAUUAAUCUUUCCCUGUUUAUAGUCAGGGGCUGUAGGGGAAGAAAAAAAAUUGUUCAUACCAUUGCACUAUGUAAACAGACACAUUUUGAUAUCUAUGUUAUCAGGAUAGUUUAAGUGGUAGGUAGAACCUACCCUGACAUCUGUAUAAGUUAGCCAGACAAUAAAUAAAAGAAUAAUUAUGGUGUCAA